AUGGCGCAUUCGAAUGAAUCACAUCAGCCAAAUUGGCAUGUCAAAGCCUUAUCUGUACCAGGACCAGAUACAGAUCUUUCCCUUCAUGUUUCAUUCGAUAACGCCAGAUUCCUCUUUGGGUGUGGAGAAGGGACCCAAAGAGCUUUCGUUCAGAAGAGAAUGGGUAUGAGAGGGUUAUCUGGAAUCUUCAUCGGAAGUGGAGAAGCAAAAGCUAGAAAUGGAUUAGCGGGCGUGUUAAUGACAGCUGCAGAUGGAGGCAUAUCAAAAGUAGAUGUCAUAGGUCCACCAGACAUGUCACACUAUGUCUCUACUUUACGAACAUCUGUCAUCAGAGAUUCCCUUACUGUUAAUAUGCAUUCCUUUCCUCGUGAUAAAUCACCUGGCGAAUCAGUGGAGCUCUUCAAAUCAGCUAAUAUAACAGUGCAUGGGAUCGCAUUAAUUCCCCAGCCCGAUGCUGAAUCGUCGACUUCACUCAAUGUAAACCUAGAUCCUUACAAUCCAUCCUUUCGACCAAGUCGUUUAUCUCCAGAAGAUACUCAAAAAUGGUGCGACACAAUCGUGGGAGAUAUGUUUCAUAAUGGACCUGCAGCUCGAUCAUCUCGUAAACCGAAUCCCAGUUCACCUCGUCGAUCGCCACUCAGAACAGUAAACCCGUUCAUAAAUCCUGACGGAACGAUUUGUUCUUCGAUACCAGAUACGAGAUAUCCAUUACCCGUUCCGACGAGGGAAGAUGUAGAAACUCAAAUGGUAUAUAUAUGUCAAGCGCCUGAUGUUAGAGGUAAAUUCGAUGUGGAAAAAGCAAAUAAAUUAGGUGUACCUAAAGGACCUAUGAGAGGGAAAUUAACAAGAGGUGAAGAAAUCGAAGUAGACGAUCCAUCAAUUCAAGGCGGAAAGAGAAUCGUAAAACCAGAACAGUGUUUAGUUGGUGGUGGACCAGGUUCGGUCCUCAUCGUUGUGAAUUGCUCAGACAAGACAAAAUCGGCUCUUCUGGAAAAUCCCAUAUUCAGACGGUAUCAAUAUGGCGAUGAAGGUGAGACGGCACACGCACAUUUGAUAGUUCACAGGGUGCCGAGAUCGAUUUGGGAGUCAGAAGAUUAUCAAGAAUGGAUGAGGGCUUUUGGUGAACGUACUCAGCACCUCAUCGCUGACCCGGUAGAAUACCCUGAUCGAACGGUCUUCAACUCGGCUGCUUGGAACACAUUACAACUAUCACUUGUUAACAGCUCUAUUUUCACCCCUCCUUUCGUCAUCUCGCCCAAUGUCCCAUCUUCCAAAUUACCUCCGAGAACUUCAUUUCUUGUGGAAGGCUCAUCGUGUCGUAUGCAUCCCCCUUCAGACUUCACAACCGUUGACAAUCAUGAGAAAGAUGUACCAUUUCUUAUCACUGCUUCUGAGGCUGAUAGUGCUCGUGAGACCAUACGGAGAGAUAUGCCAGAAUACGCUCAAGCAUGCGAUAUAGCUCAGAAAGCUCUAUUGGCGGAUCCUCGAUCGACAAACCCUUCACCACCAAUCAUCGGAGAUGACAUAACGGUCACCACGCUAGGAACGGGAAGUGCGAUACCUUCAAAGUAUAGGAAUGUCUCAAGCACACAUUUGGAUAUUCCAGGAUUAGGAGGAAUAUUGCUUGAUGCUGGAGAAGGUACACUAGGUCAAAUGAGGCGACGCUAUGGCAAAGAUGGUUUGAAGAAGCUGUUCGAAGACUUGAAGAUGAUCUUCAUCAGUCAUAUGCACGCGGAUCAUCAUUUGGGGCUGCAUGCUAUAUUAGAGGAUAGAUUUAGGCAAGGCAUUUCAUCACCUUUGUAUGUCAUAGGUCCACACAGUAUAGCUUUGGGGAUGCAAGAAUCAGCAUCUUGGCAAUAUCCGGCAUCCCGUGAAGCCUUGGAUAAUGUGUUCUUCAUAAAUAUAGGCAGAUUAGGAUACAAGGUGGAAAACAAAGGGUAUACGGACGGCUCCAUCGAUGAAGCAGGAGCGGAAAUGGAUCAAUGGGAGAAAGAAGCUUCCGACGAUAGAGACAGUGGUAGAAGAGGCUGGCCAUUUAAUUGCAUUUACGGCUUUUCGCCCGCUGCUAAUAGGGAUCAUUGGCAGUCAAUCAACAGGCUCAUGAGAGAUCUUUCAUUUGUGUCAAUAUGGGCUCCAGUCGUUCCUCAUAGAGGUAGGGCUUAUGGACUAGCCAUCGAGCAUUCUUCAGGAUGGAAGAUAGUAUACUCUGGUGAUACCAAACCAUCAGAAGAGCUGGUACAAGCUGGACGAAAUGCUACUUUGUUGAUACAUGAAGCGACCCUAGAAGAUGAUAAACCUGACGUAGCGGCAGUUAAGGGCCAUUCCACUUUCAGCCAAGCCAUAGAUGUGGGAAAGAAGAUGAGCGCGAAACAUAUCUUGUUAAAUCACUUUUCACAGCGAUAUCCGAAAUUACCCAAAUUACCUGUACCUAUACCCAAUGAGGAUGGAUCGGCAGAAGCGGAAGCUCAACCUGUAGUUUCGAUUUCAUUCGAUUUCAUGUCUGUCAAAUUGAGUGAAAUGUGGAAAAUGAGUUACUAUAUGGAACCGUUAAGUCUACUUUUCGCUGAAGCUGAAGAAGAAGAUGGGACGGAUCAAAGUGGUAACGACACCCUUGGACAAGUGAAAAGGGACAUUAAUCCAAGUGUAGAUGGAGUGAUCGGUAAACCGAUACCUAAAAAAGGGAACAAGCAUAAUGGAGAUGCGAAUGGAGGCGGAAAUGGGGCACAAGAAGGGAAAUCUAAGAAAUCGCUGAAAAAGGAAGCUGCUAGAAAUGCUAAGAGAGCAGCCAGUCCUUCAUCAAACCACCAACCUGAACCAAAGAGGAGAUCUACCGAUUCGUCUUCGAUAAACGAAGAUACCGUUAUGGAUGUGACUGUGUAG